UCCCUCUGACUUUCUCCCCCCGUAGCUACUAGCUUCUGCUGCUUCGUGCACGAGUUUACUGCUGACGCCGGUCGUGCACGCGGAUAGUUCGGUUGAAGGAAAGGGGGAGCGUUUAAAUUGUGUGUGUGUGUUUUUUUUUUAAUCCCUUAAACUGACUGAGCCUAGUUUGUAUGAGAGAGACAAGAGCUGCGACAGCGGAGAGGAGCAGAGCACACGGCCUGGGGGAGAUUAUUAAUACUAUUCAAAGGGACCAGCAACUCAGCAUAGCGGCAGUGGAGGAGCUAUGCAGCAGAUUUUGGACAAACUUACAGAUCUACCCACAUCUACAGGCGCUGAAGAAAUAGAUAUCAUUUUUCUGAAAGGAAUUAUGGAAAAUCCUAUUGUAAGAUCUCUUGCAAAGGCACAUGAACGUCUAGAAGAUUCAAAACUUGAAGCAGUUAGUGAAAAUAAUGUGGAACUAGUAAAUGAAAUUCUUGAAGAUAUAAGUCCUUUAAUGAAAGAAGAUAAGAAUGUGGAGGAAUUGGUGGGCAUACUGAAGGAGCCUCAUUUUCAGUCUCUUUUAGAAGCCCAUGACAUAGUGGCAUCAAAAUGUUAUGAAUCUCCCCCCUCUAGUCCAGAAAUGAAUAACUCUACAGUGAACAACCAAAUGGCACCAGUUGAUGCUAUCCGCAUGGUUGGCAUUCAUAAAAGAGCAGGGGAGCCUUUGGGUGUGACAUUUAAGGUUGACAACAAUAACUUGGUAAUUGCGCGAAUUCUUCAUGGGGGAAUGAUUGAUCGACAGGGCCUUCUUCAUGUUGGUGACAUCAUUAAAGAGGUCAAUGGCCACGAAGUUGGAAACAAUCCAAAAGAAUUGCAGGAGCUACUAAAAAGCAUCAGUGGAAGCGUUACUCUGAAAAUACUUCCCAGUUAUAAAGACACCAUUACCCCGCAGCAGGUUUUUGUGAAGUGUCACUUUGAUUAUAAUCCAUACAAUGAUAAUCUGAUACCAUGCAAAGAAGCAGGAUUGAAAUUUUCUAAAGGAGAGAUUUUGCAUAUAGUUAACAGAGAAGAUCCAAACUGGUGGCAGGCAAGUCAUGUGAAAGAAGGAGGAAGUGCGGGUCUUAUUCCCAGUCAGUUCCUUGAAGAGAAAAGGAAAGCAUUUGUCAGGAGAGACUGGGAUGGAGCAGGACAAUUUUGUGGUACAAUAACAAGCAAGAAAAAGAAAAAGAUGAUGUAUCUAACAACGAGAAAUGCUGAAUUUGAUCGUCAUGAGAUUCAGAUUUAUGAAGAAGUAGCCCGGAUGCCUCCAUUUCAACGGAAAACACUAGUGCUAAUAGGAGCCCAAGGAGUGGGACGAAGAAGUUUAAAAAAUAGACUCAUUGUUUUGCACCCCACACAGUUUGGAACAACAGUUCCAUUUACAUCACGCAAGCCAAGAGAAGAUGAAAAAGAUGGACAUGCUUACAGAUUUGUAAUGAGAUCAGAAAUGGAAGCUGAUGUAAAAUCUGGCAAAUACUUGGAACAUGGAGAAUAUGAAGGCAAUCUCUAUGGCACAAAGAUAGACUCCAUACACGAAGUUGUAAUGGCUGGGCGAACAUGCAUAUUAGAUGUCAAUCCACAGGCAUUAAAAAUCCUUCGAACGUCUGAAUUUAUGCCAUAUGUUGUAUUCAUAGCUGCACCAGAAUUGGAGAUAUUGCGUGGCAUGCACAAAGCUGUUGUGGAUGCUGGCAUCACAACCAAACUUCUCACUGAUACAGAUCUCAAAAAAACAGUUGACGAGAGUGCUCGGGUUAUGAGAGCAUACAACCACUACUUUGACCUGACUAUUGUAAAUGAUAACCUAGACAAAGCCUUUGAGAAACUGCAGGAGGCUGUUGAGAAAUUAAGGACGGAGCAGCAAUGGGUUCCAAUUAGCUGGGUCUACUGACUAGGUUCUUGAGCUAAACGUUUUAAUAAACAAUGAAAAUAAGACUAUUCUACAAGCUCAUCAUACAAGGGGAAGAGACCUCCAGCACUCGUGUCUUUUUUCUUUUUUUCUUUCUCCUCAUAAGGAUUUAGAGUAUCUGAAUUUUUAUAUAACACUUUGAAAAGAAAGUGUUCUUAAAUAUGUAAUUUAUUUUAAUUUUUAUAACUUUUUACAAAUAAUCUUUCUAUUCAUAAUACAUGAAGGAAAUGCGUUGAAGCAUUUUGUGUGAAUUUUAAUUUGGAAUGUUUUUGCCUUUUUCAUUCAAGAAAUUUCAUUAUUCAUAACAUUUCACUGUGAUAUAAAGAAUACUUGAAGUAAUUUUGUAAAUCUUUACUGUUUGAUACAUAAAUGGAAUGAAAUUAAUUUGUAUGUGUUAGGGGAACACAACUUUUGACAAGUUCAAAAUAGCUCAAUAUAAUUUCUUAUAAUUUACAUUGUCAUAUUGAUGAAUAAAUCCUUGUUUUAUUGGAAUGCACCAUUUUAUUGCUAUACACCACCACUGCCAGUCAGACAGACCUCCCAUUACAAAGCCCUAUAACAAAAAUGUAGUUCAUAAGUGGGGAGGUCAGAAAACGCAAAAGGCUAAAAUCUAAAGUGAAUACCAUCCAUUGCCAAAACAAGAUGUCUUAUUUUAUUCCAUUUCAUUCUUAACUCACAAAGAUUUAAAAGACAGUAUAUAAAGUGCUUACUGGUUAAUCUGCUUGUAAAUAGUUGCAAAAUAAAAACAAGCCAAGUAAAAUUACAGUAUUAAGUACAAUUAAUACACAUCAGACCUCUAUUUUAAGUAUUUAAGCCCUAGAAUAGAUUUUUAAAUGCCUGCUUCUAAACCAUUGAUUAAGAAAAUUACUAUGAUUGGGACCAAGGAUUUAUCAUAGCCCUCUUACCAUAAGUAAUUUAAUGUCUAAAACCAGGCAACUGGCACACUGACACAUAAUGCACGUAGAUUUUAUAAAAGAUUUAAUAUAUCGCAAUAUAUUAUACUUUUCUAUUCCAUUAUUAAUGCAUCAUUUUGACACUGUAUUCUAAUAAAUGUUAUAGUUUUUGGUUUGGAUGUUGCAUAUCAUUUUAUAACAUAACUUGUACAUUUUUGUCAGUUGCUGUAUAUUAAUGUCUGCAUUUUUUGUAACACAUUUGGUGGAUAAAACAUACUAGGGUUUUUAUUAUUAUUAAACAUGGCUAGUAUGUGUAUUAUAGGGCAGCUACACCAAAUAGCUGGUUUGCUUAAGGUAUAUUCAGAGUAGGUAUGUUCUAUGCCUGCCAUUGGAUAUUGCUAAAUAUAAUAUAACUUAUCAUGGGCUGUUACUAAGAAAUGUGCUGCUAUGUCUGAGAUUUAUUAAUUGAUUAUGUUACCUGAUCUUUUUUUCACUACGCCCAUUUAACCAAAUGGUUAAAAUCUAAAUUCUAGUGGUUUUAAAGUCUUUGAUCAUUUUUGACAGCAAAAAAAAAUCUUUAAAUGCAUAAUCCCUAGAUUCCUGACACCAAAGCAUAAAGGAUGGUAAUGAAGGGCGCGUGCUAGGAAUUUUUUUCAAUGUAGAAAUUACCUAAUUACAGUGGUUGUUGGUACUUAAGCUUAUAAAUAAUUCAACUCAAGCAUUUAAAAGUCUGAUUCAAAAUAUUUAACAGUUGUGGAUUUUACCAUAAUUAAUUGUAUUAAAAUAAAAUUAUUAUUCAUUA